GUCAAUCGAACUUUGUGAAUUGCUUUGCCUACAGAAAAUUAGAAAUAGAGAAGCCGGCAGCAAAUGCAACGGCGUACGAUCAACGAUAGGAGUGACGGGAAUCGGGAACCAACAGGAUUUCAAUACGUGUACAACUGUAAAGUUUGAUGACGUGGCUAUUAACUUAGGCGAAAAUGCUGACUACACUCUAUAUUGCACUAGCUAUAACAGCUGUAUAUGCUGGUGUCCCAAAUCCUGAAGAAACUAAAAGGUUGAUGGACCAUCUUUCUGAUGCAGAGCAUUACAGAAAUGAACAUCACAAUAAACAAUUUGAUCAUGAUGCGUUUCUGGGUGAAGACCAGGCCAAAUCAUUUGACCAAUUACCACCAGAAGAAAGCAAAAGAAGAUUGGGAAUGAUCGUGGACAAGAUCGACGCCGACAAAGAUGGCUUCGUGUCGCUUGUCGAGCUCAAGGAUUGGAUCCGGUACACGCAGAAGAGGUACAUCGUGGAGGACGUCGAGAACCAUUGGAAGCAGCACAACCCGAAUAAUGAGGACUUGAUCUCGUGGGAGAAUUAUAAAAAAGAUGUGUACGGAUUUAUGGAUGAAAUGACAGACAGCGAGAAGAAGAGUAAGGAAGGGGCCACUUAUAAGAACCUGUUGAAACGAGACCGUAGGAGAUGGCAGUAUGCUGAUGGAGAUCAGGACGAUUCCCUGAACCGAACCGAGUUUGGAGCAUUCUUGCAUCCAGAGGAUCAUCCAGGAAUGAGGGAGGUUGUUGUGUUGGAGACGCUUGAGGAUAUUGAUGUAGAUAAGGACGGCAAGUUGUCACUAGAAGAGUACAUUGGAGACAUGUACAAGCCAGAGGAAGGUGAGAGUGUGGAUGAAGAGCCCGACUGGGUCAAGCAGGAGCGGGAACAGUUCACCGGAUACAGAGACACUAACAAGGAUGGGUUCAUGGAUGAGAAAGAGGUGAUGGACUGGAUAGCGCCUCCCGAGUUCGACCACGCGGACGCUGAGGCACGCCACCUGGUGUUCGAAGCAGACACCGACGCGGAUGAGAAGUUGACCAAGGACGAGAUACUUGACAAAUACGACCUGUUCGUGGGCUCGCAAGCCACCGACUUCGGUGAGGCACUGGCCAGACACGACGAAUUCUAAAAAUGCAAACAUUUUACAAAAUAACGCCAUCUAUUGGUGGAUUUCGUAACAUUAAUAAAGCGCCAUCUUAGUCGUUUAAUGAUGAUACUAAAAACGCAAUGUUGUGGCGCUUAUUUAUAAUAAUAAAAAAAAACGGUUAUUUAACUGAACGCUAUUUUACUAUGAAGCUUACUGCAGUUUUUAGAAAUAACGCUAAUAAUUUGUCUGCCAGAGAUUUGAGGAGAUUUAAAAGAAAUUGAAAUAGUUUAAGAAAUUUUAAAUUUAGCAUAUUAAUUGUUUAUUCGGAUUGGUUAAAUGAGAUUUCGACAGUAAUAAGAGUAUAAAACAGCCUUUGAUCUUGAAUAAAAUGUAUAAUAAUUUUAAGUAUUUUUACAUUUAAAACGAAUAAAAAAAUAUACAUAUUUAAUUUUUGUAAGAUUUUUUGCUCCAGUUUAAUCUGGUAUUAGGGCAGUGACGUCAGCACGGAAUGACAUUUUGUUCGAGUGCAAAAACAGAAAGGUUACGGAUUAUUGGAAUUUGUUUGUUCCAAAGUGCAGCUCCUAUUUUAAUUUUAUUAUAAAACGGGCCAUUUUUUAUAAUUACUAACAUAUUAUUAAAAGUUUUAUCUUUGAAAUGUAUUUUGCACAUUAUUUGAUUAAACCAAACAUUACCAUUUCAAGCACUGCCAUAAUUAAAGUUUUAUAUUAAUAAAUAUAAAGUAUUAAAUAUAUAGCAUGACUAGUAGUAAGACACUAACGAUUCAAAUUCAAAUAUUUUUAUUCAAACAGUCACAGAAACACAUUCAGACCUGAGAAGAAUAGGCGCAACAAACUCAACGAGCGUUUUUUUUUUCAUCGAUAUAAUAUGCUUACAAAGUAAUAUUGAGUAGAACAGAAUGGAAACACUUUAUUAGCAAUAAAAAAACACUCACACAAAAACACGAUAAUUUACAAUAUUAAUUAAAAUCUUAGAAUUCUAAAUUAAAUAACCUAACAAAUAUUAUAAAAAAUUAAAAAUAAAUAAAUAAAAAUAACAGUGUGAGCGUGAUUCCCUGCUAAAAGGAGCUGACUCAGUAUAUUGUACAAUUUAUCUUAUUAUUAACAGCCUGAGGGCGGUCGCUCCAUUACCACUCUGUGGUAUCAUUGAGAAAGUCAUUUAUAUUAUAGUAACCUUUACCACACAAACGUUUUUUAACAGUUCUUUCGAAUAACGUAAUACUUUUGUUUUGAACAUUUUCUGGGAUCUUGUUGUAAAAGCAUAUACAUCGCCCCACCAAAGACUAACUCGACUUAGCCAAGUAGUGGGCAUUAUACGUUUAUAUCUGUUACUGGUGAUAACAUUAUGGUUAUGAACCGUAGUAGUACUAAUAGUUACCUAAGUAGUGUGCUCAGUACUCGAUUCUCGUUUUAAUUAUGUAUCAAGUGAGGAUACAUUUCCGACGCUGAUAGGUGUGUUCGCGAGGUGUAUCUAUACCUAUUGGUGCCCCAGUCGCGGGGCAAAAACGAAUACAAUGUAUAAUUAGCACUAGAUUGUCUAGGCCAUAGGUUCUCAACGUGGGCGAUAACGCCCCCUUGUGGGCGUUUGAGACUUUCGAGGGGGCAGUAGUAAGUAAGACCCAGAGAAAAUCAGGGAGCAUUGAGAUGGCGCAGAUGGGGCGUGGGUAGAUUAAAAAGUAUAGUCUAAAAAGGAAAGAAAAUACACGAAAAUACUCUAGAACAAAACAUAUUCUCAAAGUGGGCGGUGAGCAAAAUAAGGUUGAGAAACUAUGGUCUAGGCUACUUAGAAAUUCCUGUUUUAAGUUAUCAAAAAUUACUCCACUAUGUGUAGGUGACUUAAAAUAUCUAAUUGUAGGAAAGAAACGACGGAACAAAAUUAUGGUCUUACUGUAUAUCGGUGGAACAAAUCUAGAGCUAGUUAUUCAUUGCAUUCAUUUUUGCACAGCGACGGUGGCACAAUGGCUAGGUUUAUAGACACACGUCCGCGAGACAUGAAAAAGCACCGCUGUCGUCUCAACCUGCAACCGGUCAUCGCACUGCGUUGCUGACUCGUUCCGACUCGUUACCAUUUAGUGUAAGCGCAAGCGCCGACAGGUCCGUGUAUGGAUGAAGUACAAAUUUGUAUCGUUAGUGUCUCUCAUGUCAUGCUGUAUAAUUUCUUCAGUUGAUAUACAGAUUUUUUUUAACUUCUGUUAGUUUAUGAUGUUGUAAGAAUAAUUAUUUUGCCAAUGUGUUGCCAUAAAAAGUCAUUUAAGAAUCUCCAGACAAUUACGAUCGCUUGGUGAUAAAGAUGGCAAUAAACUUACAUUGUUAGAUAAUUAAGUAGAUUUAGUGUUAAACCAAAGCUAAUAUUCCUUGAAUCUGUGAGAAUCUUUGUAAUAUUUUUUAAGUACUUCCAUUGUAUUUUAACGCAUUUAAUGUAUUUUAAGAUGGGGAAAUAUUUUAACUAAAAUAAUAUAAUGUAUUUACUACUAAUAAAUGUAGUUUGUGGCAAUUUUGCUUUUAUUUUUUUUAAUAAAUGUGAUCAAAUUGA